AUAGCGAGGCGGUGGCGAGGUUCGGCAGUCGCUUCUUCGCAUAAGAGCACACACCACCACCACUAAGAUGAGACCCAUCCACGCCUUCCUGGCCCUGGCCCUCGUCGUGGCCUGCGUUAGCGCCGGCAGGAUUGGCGGCGGCGGCGGCUGCUGUGGGGGUGGACAUGGCGGCGGCGGCGGCGGCGGUGGUUUUGGAGGUGGCGGCUACGGCGGCGGCGGCGGCGGCGGCGGUGGAUUCAGCAGAGGAUUCGGGGGAGGAUUUGGCGGUGGCAGCUUUGGUGGCGGUUUUAGUGGUGGAAAGGGAGGCUUCGGCGGUGGCGGCCACCGCGGCGGAUCCGGAGGCUUCGGCGGUGGCAGCUAUGGUGGUGGAAGCAGCUUCGGUGGCGGCAGCUUCGGCGGCGGCAGCUUCGGUGGCGGCAGCUUCGGUGGCGGCAGCCACGGUGGCAGCUUCGGAGGCGGCGGCUUCAGAAGUGGAGGAAGAUACGGCAAGUAAGACAUCUGUUUCACGUCUUCGUCUCAACGCAUGAAUGAAAAGGAACCGACCCAGGUGUGCAUCUGAGAGUGCGUGCGUGCGCAAGUGUGCGUCCACGUUUACCAAAAAGAAGAAAGAUAUUUACCACUGUCUCAACUUCACCUUCAUUUUCUCCCCGUCGAUCCUUUUCGAUUCCCGGUGACGAAAUCAAUAAAUUAUAUACAAACUUA